CUGCAGUGAAAUGUAAGAGUCCCACUGUAAAUCAAUUACUACAAGGAGGGUUUGUCAAUUUUCAGAUCCGAAGCCUCUGUGACGAUUGACCCUUCACGUUACGAGUAUCUCGGCGAUGUUUGUGGCGCUAGACGCUCCGCGCCGCUUCACCUCGGCGACUCCAUCAUGGCGGCGAGGUCGGGGUCCAGGUGGAAAACGGCGGAUUCUAAAUCUCGUCCGUGAUCCACGUUAAAAGAUUAAGAUACACUCUCCCUUGAUCCAUUUCAACCAAAUUCUCUCACGUGUUCCACUCAAGAAAAUCCAAUCUCUUGACAAUUCCAACACGGGUUCAAGGCACAAUGUCCGGCACCCUCUUCACCUCCACCACAUCUGGCGCCCUCUUCGGCGCCGCCCUCGCCUCCUCAGGCGUCUACGCUCCCUCGGUCAUAAUCUCGCAAAUGCACCUCUCCACCUUUCACAUGCUCAAAGUCUUCAUCACCGCCAGCGCAAGCAGUGCCGUCAUAAUAUCCGUCUUCGACCGCCUCGCCAUAUCGAAAAGCUGCCCGCGCUCUCCCUCCCCCCUCGGCUUCUUCGGUCGCUAUGACGGGAAUAUAGUGGGCGGUUUGAUGGUCGGGGUUGGCAUGGCGCUCACGGGUGCGUGUCCUGGCACCGUACUUGUGCAGCUCGCGAGCGGCGUAAGGUCAGGGUGGUAUGUGUUAGCAGGGGGCGUGCUGGGUGGGAUUGUCUACGCCUGGCCGGUCUCUGCUUUCGUCAAGACAAGGACAGAGGCAGCAAGAAGGAAAGACAAAGCCCAAGGUCAAGAGGAAGCGAACCAGAAGCUCACUGUUCAGAGUCGCCUGGGAGUGAGCACGCCGGCCGGUGUCGCCGGCUACGUGGCGCUCUGUCUGAGCGUCCUGGGCGUCGCCACAGCGGUGGAUCCCACGCGGAGUCCAUUGGGCCUUCCUCCACUCCUCGGUGGCUUGGCCAUUGGUGCCGCGCAGGCUGCGACGCUGCUUCUUACGGGGAAUGCAGUGGGCGUGUCCACAGGGUACGAAGUCGCUGGCCAGUACUUCUGGCGGCUCCUUAACCCUUCCUCCAAGUCGAAGAGCGGUCCCGCACCGCCGCUGAGGUCGCUGUUCUUCGCUGGCGGGAUCAUCGCCGGUGCGUUGGCGUAUAACUAUUCGGGUAAUGGGCCGCUCGCUGGAGUUGCUGCCGGGGUGGAUGUCACGGCUUCGAGUGGGGUCAUUGGGGGUUUGGUGAUGGUGUUGGGGGCGAGGCUAGCUGGUGGUUGCACGUCGGGUCAUGGAAUUAGUGGGAUGAGUAUGCUGGGGAUUUCAAGUUUCAUUACAGUGGCGUGUAUGUUUGCCGGGGGAAUGGGGGCGGCGUGGGUUAUGGGAUAAGUGGUAGCAGGGACUGACGUGUAUAUUUUGCAGUACAGACAAAUAUCGUAGGAUAGGAAGGGGUAUCAACAUUCGAGG